AUGAAAUACCUACUCCAAGCAAUCGAAGCAAAACGCUCCUCCGUCAAGCUCGCCGAUUCCGAACUGCGCGACCUUCUCACCCAAGUCUGCAAAGGUCGUGAUGAACGAGAAGAAUUCCUCGAAUCGAUCGAUCGAAUCAUUACCGAACUGAAAAACUACACCGAGCAUUCCACCGCUUUCCUCUCCAAAGUUUCCAAGCGCGAUGCACCGGACUACUACGACGUCAUUAAGCAUCCGAUGGAUUUGGGAACCAUGCAGAAAAAAGUGAAAAGCGGACAGUAUAAGACAAAGAAACAGUUUGCGGCGGAUUUAGAGUUGAUCUGGGAGAAUUGUCUGACGUAUAACAGCGAUCCUAGUCAUCCAUUGAGGAGGAAUGUGGCGUUUAUGCGAAAAAAGGCGAAUCAUUUGUUGGAAUUUAUUGGCGAGAAGAGUGAGGUUAGGGAUGUUUUAGGGCAGUGGGGUGCGAAUGCGGGAAGCGGAAAGCGGAUGAAUGCGAAUGGGGUGCCAGUGGAGGAUGUUAGAGUUGAUCAAGGCGUGGAGGGGAGAAAGGUGGGGAAGGAUGGAAAGGAGCAGAGGAAGAGGAAGAAGAGGAGAGAGGGAGGAGGGGAGUUUGGGGAUCAAGAAGCCUUUGUGAGGACAUCGGCGGGGAUGCUGAAUUUUGCGAGGAUUGAUGCGGGGUUGAGUAUGGUGGAGCAAGGUGCUGGGCCAAGUUCGAAGCCGAUGAUGACCGCACUAGCUAAGCAACCACUGGAAGCUAUGGAUAGCAUUAAGGCGGAUGCGGAGGAGGAAGAGCAUGUGUUGAGUACGGUACUCUCUUCCAUCUUCGCACCACCACCGCAGCGGGGGAAGGGCAAGGAGAAAGCUACGCCGGAACCUCGGUCGCAAUCACAAGCGCAAUCUCACGCUGCAUCCAUCACUACCGCUUCAACAACACCGCACGGAAUCUCGCCCCUCGAUGCAUCAGCAGAUUGGUUCACAGUCACCACUUCACAGCGACUCAUGACUGGUGCUUUACCCUCCCUCCCCUCUUCCGACCGCGUUCCAGUUCAAGAAGCAGAAGACGAAGAAAGAGGUAGAGGGAAGAAACGGCGGAAAAAAGCAUACCACCUAAUCCCAGCCACCCAUCGGAAAGGACUUCAGGGCAAAAUAGCACGUAACAUUCGAACCCUACACAAAGUUCAAGCAACCCAUGCAAAGUUCCUCUCCCUAGCCCACUUUGUCGAGAACGAAGCACCGAUCCCUGCAUACCUCACUUCGAUGAGUUCGGAUGAGGAAUCGGACUACCCUUCCGACCCUGAAGAUGACGCUUCUUGGUCGCGUUUUGGGCAGAUCCGAAAUCCGUUCACCCGUAUCUCGGCGGAGUCGGCGCGCGAGCAUGCGUCUUACAACGUAAGGCUUAUACUCGCACACCAGGGGUUCGAAGGUGGACAUCGAUCCGCGGUUGAUGUGCUAACUGAUACUCUGGGGGAGUUUUUAGGGAACAUGGGUCGAAUGUUGAGGCUGUAUGCUGAUAGGUACGCAACGAGCAUGUCGGCGGAAGAAAUGAUCCUUCACACGCUCCAAGAGACCCAAGGAACCGACGUUGCUGGGCUGGAAAAUUACAUCAAGAACAACGUUGAACGGUACGGAUCGAAAAUGUCCGACUUACUCCGCAAACUCAGGUCGAGCUAUCGAGAACAGUUUACCCUCUCCACCGAACGGGGUAGAGGAGUGAUUGAAGAUGAAGCAUUGUUUGCGGAUAAUGGCGAGGCUUUGGUUGCGGGUAACUUUGCUGAAGAUUUGGGAGAUGAUUACUUUGGGUUUAAAGAACUUGGAUUGGAUAGAGAGGUCGGGUUGAGUGGCUUGACUGUUCCCAGUAGACUGUUUUACGGGAGGGGGAAGAACUCAGCCCUGUUGGCUAGAGCAGGCGGGGAAAGUGCGGCAAAGGAGAACGUGCUUCCUUAUCCACCACCUCCAGAAUCAAUACCGCUGGUUGCAAGUGCGAUUGGAGACCAGAUUGGCUUGUUGCAAGGAUUCUAUCAGGAGAAAAUGCGAGAGCACAGACAGAGGACGAAACAUGCUCAGGAACUCGCCAUUGCCAAGGAAGCCCAAGAGGAAGAGAGAGUGGAGGAGGGUGAGGAUGGGGAGAAGGAGGCAGAAGGCGAGGGUGAGAUGAAAGAUUGGGUUUUGCAAGCCAACACUCUUCCGGAUCAAGAACAGGAGAAACAGAGAUACAAAGUUCCUCCUACGGGUAAGAUGCCCCGGAGGGUUAUAUGGACCACGGCAACCGAAAGAAAAUGGUUGAUUGAUAGGGAGAGGGAGAAGUUGGACAGGGAGAAGGCGGAGCAGCAGGCGGCGGCGGCGGGGUUGAGUGGAGUGACGAUGGCUGCAGGAGGUGCAGGGAGUGGUGCGGGAGGAGGUAGUAAAGGCAAGGUUAAGAAGAGCGGUAUCACAGCUUGA